CAACAACAACAACAACAACAACAACAACAACAACAACAGCAACAACAACAACAACAACAACAACAACAACAACAACAACAACAACAACAACAACAACAACAACAACAACAACAACAACAACAACAACAACAACAACAACAACAACAACAACAACAACAACAACAACAACAACAACAACAACAACAACAACAACAACAACAACAACAACAACAACAACAACAACAACAACCACAACAACCACAACAACAACAACAACAACAACAACAACAACAACAACAACAACAACAACAACAACAACAACAACAACAACAACAACAACAACAACAACAACAACAACAACAACAACAACAACAACAACAACAACAACAACAACAACAACAACAACAACAACAACAACAACAACAACAACAACAACAACAACAACAACAACAACAACAACAACAACAAGGUUGGCUUAGAUAG